AUGACCAAUAACAAUAUAUCAUCACCAUCGCCACCGUCAUCAUCAUCAUCAUCAUCACCACCAUUAUUAUCAUCAUCACCAUCACCACCAUUAUCACCACCACCAUACAGUUCUCCUUCACUAGAUGAUAAAAUAAAACUAACAAACUUGCCAGAAUUCCAAAGUUAUCCAGAAUCAGUAGAAUUGCUGCAGCAAUCACAAUAUCUCUUAUCACACUGUUUACAAAAAUCUGACAUACAGUCAUCAACACCAAUGGAACCAAUAUUUAAGCCCAUUAUGAUGCCACAAGCAACAUCAUAUCCUUAUCAACAACAAUCAGUACCUGAUAAGCCAAUAAAUGUUAUGAUCAAUUCUAAUAAUAGAGCUGAAGGAAAUAGUUUUGCAAGAGAUUAUAGAAUAUGCAAUUUUUGCAAACGUGGAAUUAUGACAAGGAAGAAGUAUAUGGUUGUUUUACUUAUGUUUAAUUUGGUAUCUCAGCCGAGAAAAAGUGAUUGA